GCGAUCGCCUAACCUUAAUGCAUGAUAAGCAGAGCAGAGUGCGCCAGUUGUACUAAUACGUGUGUGUGUCGCAACUUCAUAAUGUCCGUAAAUAUUUCCUGACAUUUUCACAGAACGACGGUUUGAUCGCGUGUGUGUCCUAUACACUUUUAAGGACGCGCGUGCGAUAAGAUUUAACGCCGGGUGCGUAUGUCGAUAUGUCUUCGAGAAAAUCGUCGCUGCCGCUGUUAAUCGCUAUCAUUUACCGGCAGCGAAAGAUACAGAGAGAGAGGCAGGAAAAAUAGGAAAUCAUUGAUAGGUGCAGGUAGACGCGCGAAUGACCAGUGGAAUUAACGAGGGAUUUUUUCCUCAGAUUCAGUCGUUCCGAAAAUUCAUUCAGCAUCCGUCAGUUAUCCCGUCUGUGCUCUCCGUUUUGCGGAAAAUAAUAUAAUAAAAUGGAGAGAUAUACAUCGAAUAAUGCGAAUUCAUUGAAGAUCGAUUAAGCCCAGCUGUCGCGACUCGUUUUUUGCACAAAUCCGCCGAAUUUCAGAAAAUCAUAUAUCAAUGUUCUCUCAUAUAUUCUGAUAUAUAUUCUGUUCCCCUUCCCCGCCGACUUCAGUGUUAUUUGACUGCUACGCCAUUCAGCAACCGCCGUAUUUAGUUUUCCACCCGAUGAAUGUGUGUAAGGUGUAAGGAGCAAAAGAGAAACACAAGGAGGGUUCGCGCGGAUGUGACAUGUCAAACAUUCGAGCUUGUAUCAUUUCUCAGCAGCGACAGCCGCGAGACCUGCGAUCGUGAAAAGAAUCCCGUAGUGACGGCGACGACACCCUUUGGCGGGGACGGUGGAUAAGAGUGGAGGGCGACGGGUGGUGAAGACGACGGCAGUGGUAGUGGCGGUGGCACAAGGGGGGGAGAUCUUCCGCCCCCUUCGCGAGCCAGACGCCGGUAAUGAGUGUUUACACUGUGAGCACUCCGAGUACCGCUAUAUCGCCGGCAAUAAAUACGGCAAUAGUGGCAUCGACGACGACAACAACGACGACAGCUACGGCGAUUACAUUGACGACUCCGACGGUAACGACGACGCCGACAACGACGACAACAACGGUGACAGUGACGGCGACGGCGGCGGCGGCGGCGGUGGUAACGGUGGAACCAGUUACAACGACGACGGCAACAUCGUCCACGGCGAUCGCCGCGUCGCCCGAAACAGCGACCGGCUGGAUCGAGUUCUGCGAGAGACACGCCCGCGCUUUGGCCUCCGAUUUUGCUAAAGCGUUUUGCACCUACGUCAACCUAAACAUGCCCGAGAGCUCCCGCACCGAUAUUUCGCAUCGUCACUUCCUCAAAAGGUUCGUCGAAAGAUUCUGCGAGCACUUUGAGAAUGAGUAUUUACGUCAAAACGUAAGAUUGCAUGAUACUGUAGCAUCCAAUGACAGAGAUACAAAUCUUGCAAGCCAAAAUGCUACUAAUGCAUCUGCUCUUGCGUCGUCGCAUGAAGAAUUCAGCGACUAUUCAGAACAUGAAGGAGAAGCAGUAUCACCGAAACCUGCUCACAAAGCUUUUUUCUUGCGUAGAUUAUCUUUUAAGGGACUCAAAAAGGGAAAGAUUUUCCAUAAACAACAAAGUGAUGAGGUCGAAUUAUCCCAUGAACAUCGCAAGGAUAAGCAUUCUAAAGCAAAGUUAUCGAAAAUCGUGGUAGAGUGUAGGAAAGAGGGAAUUAUGAAUACUAUAAUGGGAGAUAAUAUCGAAAAGAAAGUAUGGGAAAAAUCGCGAUUAGCAUUGAUAAAAGCAAUUGGUGGAUACAUGUUGGAAUUUUAUUCUCCGCCGAAAGAUGUAAAACCACGAAGCGGCGUCUUUUGUUCUGCGAUAACGGAAGCAAGGGAAUCCACAGCGCUCGAAAUGCCAGAUCAUGAGAACACAUUUAUUCUGAAAACUCAAAACGGAAUGGAAUUCAUCAUAGAAGCACAUGACUCGAACGACAUGAAAUCAUGGUUGGCAACGAUUAGAUAUUGCAUGCGAAAGGUGCAACAAAGUUUCAGCGCACCUAGUUCUGGAUUGGGUGAUUCUUUAGGAGAUUCCCUCGGCCACAGUUCAUUUACUAGCGGACUUGAUAUUGAUCGAGUACGAGCCAAUUCGGCGAGUAAGCAUCGAUCCGCUAGUCAUGAACAAGAUGACUCGGGUAAUCCAUCAGAAAUAUCUGCCAGAGGUCAUGAUAUACGUAGUAGCAGUAAUUUAGAAUUACGUUCCUCUCAAGACGUCGAUCAAAUAAAUGAGGGUGAGCAGGAUUUUUCGCAUAACAUACGCAAUUAUGCAUGGUUUCAUGGUACUCUUCCUCGCUCUGAUGCCGCGCAGUUUGUAUUAGAUAAAGGAGCUAAUGGUCAUGGUGUGUUUUUGAUUCGGCAAAGUGAAACCAGAAAAGGCGAAUAUGUAUUAACUUUCAAUUUUCAAGGAAGAGCAAAACAUUUACGGAUGACACUGAAUGAUCAAGGUCAUUGUCGUGUCCAACAUCUAUGUUUCCCUACAAUAUUAGAUAUGAUAGAUCACUUUCGCCAGAACCCGAUACCUCUCGAAUCCGGCGGAACUGCGGAUGUUAUUUUAACGGAUUUUGUACUUACGACGAGCACACUACGACCAGGACAUCAUAAUGUGAUGUAUGGCUCGAACAUACUACAGUUAGUGCAAGAAAGGAGACCACCGGCAACCUUGGAGCCUAGAGAAGUACGCACUUUUGGUGGUUCUAUAAGAACGCGUGUGGAAUCGUUGGAGGGGCUAGAGCAACAGAACACUAUUACGGAGCAACAGGGCUCGGCUUCAUCCACUGGCAGAGCAGUUCAGAAUACUUACAGUUUUCUCUGACGUUGGAUUCAUGCUAAUCCACCAUCAGGCUACAAUCCAGUUAGUCCAACGGACUGAACAUAAAUAAUAUGAUAAAGUAAUCGCAAAGUUUUUAUUUCCAGAAUUGCGUCAUGCUGUAAAACUACUGUUUGAGCGCAUCGUUCUACUAGUACAAAACAACUGCAUUUCUUUUUUAGAAUGUCUAUCUUCCAAUCAUUGAUUAUGUGUACGUGUAGCAUUUAAAAUUAUAUAACUCUUAUGAUUUAUUAACAACGUAUUUACAUUGCAUUUACAUCGAAAAAUAAUAAGAAAUAGAAUAGACUGCUGAGAACAAGUCUCAGCAAAAACCAUUUCAUAAUAUUGUGCACAAAUUACCAUUGAAUUACUUCUUCUUCAAGUAAUGUUGCAGCAUACUCCAUGGAAUUCCCUUUCGCAUGUUUGCAUAAAUUUACGACUCGUCUUUUUGUCGAGAUUGAACAAACGGUUUCCUCGUGUAUUUAUAAAGAGAGAAUGGAUAUAUUUUAAUGAGGAGACUGAAAUCUUGUUAUGUCGCUUAACUAAUUUAUGGUAUAUGUACUUACAUAAUAUUACGCUUAAGAAAGAACAUAUACAUGCCACAUGUACACAGUUUAGUAGAAAAUGAUAUCUAAAAUCGCAAACUAUGAACUGCCAUACAAUCCCCAUUUAUGUCCAUCCCAAAGACUUAAUAAGUAUGCCAAAAUUAAAAAUUAAUACCAUUAAAUCCUGCUUAAUUACAAUUUAUUAUGCAAAAUUACAUUUUAGCCACAUUAUCAUUGGUCCUGAUGCUUCAUAGGGCGUUAUGUAUAGUAGAUAUGCCCUUUAAUCCAUCGAGAUAAGCAUAAAAUAUUAUGCGAUAUUUAUUAUUAAUCCCAAUGCAUAUAAAUUUCCCCAUUUUUUGAGCAAAUAAAAAGAAGGGAGAAAGAGAGAAGAGCUAUAUUAUUAUCUUGGAUAAAUUGAAAGGAAAAAGUAUUUCGAGCUGCAGUAAGUAUGAUUCUAUGUAUCUCUGCAGAAAUAGUAACAUUAUAUUCAAUAAGCGUAUCAAGAAGUGUAUUAAUAAAAUGUGUAUUAAUGAUUAAAAAAUUAUUACUGAUAUUGUAGAGCAAUAUGACUGAGUGUGUGUAAAAUUAGAUUAUAAAUAAAUGUAUGAAUGAGUGGUACAUGUACGAUGGAGAGCAGUGAUUGACAGAGUAUCUGAUUUGUAAAACGAGCAAAGCAGAUAUUCUCAGUACGAGCCGAACUGAUUACUGUGAUAAGAUCUUUCAUUUGCACAGGCAUCUAAUAACCCCGUUGCCGUCCGCAUACCAAUCUUAUCCAAAAUCACUACAAGAAACAACAGGGAAAAAUUUAUCACAUGUAUACAUUUUAAUUGCUUAUUUGCCAUCAAAACUUGUAUAAAUAAUAUUUCCAUCACAAUAUUUAAAAAAAAGAAGAGAAAAGAUAUAUGAAAGUCAUAGUCGGUCUGGAAAAAAUCUAUAUCACAAAUUUACUCUUUAGCCAAAAUGCUCGCAACAUCAUGCUGUAAGUAGAAUAUAAGCUUGUUCUCUGUAUAUUUAAACACAGUUGAAACACACAACAGUCCUGAGAUAUUACAGAGUCUAACAACUAGGCAUUCAAUAAAAAUACUUUUUUACCUUAUGUUAAGAUGCAGAGAUGAAAAUAAAAAUACUAAAUUCCCUGAAAA